AUGGCUCCUCGACCAGGCAAAGAACCAGCUAACGACUGGACACACUUUCAACAAUUCUUGGAAGACUUUCAAGAAAACUUUCAUGAUGAAAUCCGCAGAACUUUGGCUGACUCAAUUCAGGCUGGAGUUCAAGCCGGAGUUCAGGCCGCAUUAGCAGUAAACGCAGAAAACGCGCCAAUUGCGCCACCCCCUCAACGUCAGCGACGCAACAACAACCUGAUAUUUGAGGAACAUGAAGACGAAGACGUGGAAAAUCCUUUUGGAGAUCAAAAUCGUCAUCAACAACAUCAUCGACAACGCCAGAACGACGACGAUCCUCGUUGGACUUCGGGUAUUAAAAUUGAGAUCCCAGAGUUUAAAGGAGGAUCACAACCGGAGGAGCUACUCGAUUGGUUUGUAACCGUCGAUGAAUUCAUCGAGUUCAAAGACGUUCCAGAACAGAAGAGGGUGCCUCUCAUCACAACACGUUUUCGUGGACAUGCCGCUUCGUGGUGGAAUCAACUUAAACUGUCACGUACACGACGAGGGAAAGAAAAAAUCACAUCGUGGGACAAGUUAAAGAAGCAUCUUCGCAAGACAUUCAUUCCUUACAAUUUUGAGCGUCUUCUAUUUCAGAAAUUACACAAUAUACGACAAGGUUCACGCUCCGUGGAGGAUUAUGCUAACGAAUUCUACCAGAUGUUGACAAGAGUCGACAUUCAUGAUUCUGAAGAUCAGUUGGUAGCUCGUUUUAUUGCAGGCCUACGACCGCAGCUACAGAAUAUGCUUCAUCAGUUUGAUAUGUGUUCUGUCUCAGAAGCACGCCAACGAGCAUUACUUGUCGAGCAGCAAACUUGCCUCAGUACAAACCAAUGGACAGGUAACUCCCGACCUCGUAACACAACAACAUCUGACGACACCAAAUCUGCGAAUACUCAGACCGCAACAAUGACUUCGGGUUCCAAAACCACUACCCACGCGGACGAACAAACAGACGCGCGACCUUCACGCCCUAAUGCUCUCAAGUGUUUCACGUGUGGCGAACGGGGUCAUAUUCAGACAGCCUGCCCAAAUCGUGGCCGCAGAGGCUUACUUGCUGCUGAUAAAGAACUCGCCGGGGAUCCUAUUUAUGAUGAAGAAGACGACCAGUUCGAUGAUGUGGAGGAGGAACAAGUCAACGGUGAUACGGGAACUUUCCUCAUGAUACGAAGAAAUUGUUUUGCUCCGAAAACAAGUGAAGCUUGGCAACGGACAUCAUUAUUCAGCUCUACGUGCAAAAUCAAAGGAAAAUUAUGUCGGUUCGUGAUUGAUUCGGGUUGUUCAGCAAACGUGGUCUCAGAAGAAGCUUUCCGCAAACUCUCACUCAAACCGGAGGCUCACCCACACCCUUACCGCCUCCUUUGGAUGCAGACUGGAGCUGAGGUAUACGUUUCUCAGCGCGCCCUGGUAUCUCUCUCGAUCGGAGCAUUCUACAAAGACGAGCUUUAUUGUGACAUCGCCACCAUGGAUGUAUCUCACAUUAUUUUAGGCAGGCCAUGGCAAUAUGAUCGAGAAGUUAUCCACAAUGGCAAAACGAAUACCCAUUCAUUUUUAUUCCAAGGACGUAAGAUCACUCUUCUUCCUUCGCCAGAUACUAACAACACGAUCAACUCUACUAACCCUGCAUCGUCAUCAAAACAAAAUUUGAUGAUUAUCUCUAAAUUCCAGUUCGAACAAGAGUUACAAGAAGCUCGGCCACUCUUUGCCUUAGUCUCGGUCACCCCUACGCCUCCACAACCAUCUCCUUGUCCACCUGCGUUUGAUCCGAUACUCACCGAGUUUGAAGAUCUGUUCCCGGACGAGUUACCAGCAGGAUUGCCUCCACUCCGAGAUAUUCAACAUCAUAUAGACCUGGUUCCUAAUGCGGUCUUGCCCAACCGAGCGCACUAUCGCAUGAGCCCGGAAGAGCAUGAAGAGCUUUGA